AUGGCUCCCCGCCACACAUGUCCUCCCCCUUCAGGGUUCCAAUCUCUGUAUUAUAUCCUUAUCCUAUGCAUCUUAUCGCUAUCAAACGUGGCCUACUCUCUGGUACAUCCGCCUCAAGAUGUUAUGAGACCAGCGUCUACGUCAUCUCAACUUUCAAUCCCGAAUGAUGGCUCCUCGAAGGAGUCGUCGGGAGCCCUUGAUCCGGCGACUCAAGAGUCAACUCACGAACCUAUUCUUGAUACAUUGAAAAACUUGAUUGAUGCCCUGGGAGUGAUGCAAGACAAGUACUUUGUGCUAUGGCAAGGCACGUGGCCGACCAGCAUCGAUUGGACCGCCGCUGUGUUGGGAACUCACGUUUCUGCGGCAUUGUCAUCUUUAUCCUCUGGCCCGCUGGAUAUUCCCGAAACGGAUGAAUUGCAGGGACUUUCCUUCUUUACACUCGAGAAUACGGUUAAUAGGUUCUUCAGUGACACCUCGGCAUUUUACUUUGGAGAAAAUGCCUUCAGUGUCAGGAAUCAAGCAUAUGAUGACAUGCUAUGGAUCGUCUUGGGAUGGUUGGGGAACAUCAAGUUCCAAAACCUUCACUCAGAUCUCCACUAUCAAUCCUCAAAUACCAGCUCUGGAAGCCCAUGGUAUGGUACCCAGUUCCGAUCCUCUGCUGCACACAGAGCACGAAUCUUCUAUGAACUUGCCUCCGCUGGAUGGGACAAGGUCCUCUGCGAUGGCGGUAUGAUCUGGAGCCCUUAUCUGCUGCCAUACAAGAAUGCCAUCACAAAUGAACUCUACAUCUCUGCGAGUAUUGAGAUGUAUCUUUACUUCCCAGGUGACCCCAUUGACGCCCCUUUUGUUUCUAAUUCGGAUGGCGUGGGAUCUUCACAAGGAAACCCGCACAACCUUGUCCAUCUCAAAGCUGCAAUCGAUGGUUACAACUGGCUCAAGGGCUCGAACAUGACUGGUAUUGGUGGUCUUUACGCCGACGGCUUCCACAUCAGCGGCUGGCGAAGCACGUCGAAUCCUGGCUCGCGCAAGUGCGACGAGCUCAAUACCAUGGUCUAUACAUACAACCAGGGAGUCAUUCUCAGCGGGCUGAGAGGACUAUGGAUUGCCACACUGUCCCUGGUUUAUCUACAGGACGGCUAUGAGCUGGUCGACAAAGUACUACAAGCCACCGGGUGGCCACACAUCUCCAGUCGCCAAUGGAAGGGUCUAGGUCGUGGCGGCGUGUUAGAAGAAGCCUGCGAUGCCAGUGCAGCCUGUUCACAAGAUGGACAGACCUUCAAGGGAAUCUUCUUCCACCAUUUGGCCGAAUUCUGUCGACCUCUUCAGCCACAAGAAGAACAGUUCCUGGCCCACGCAGCUCGCAGCAACCCCAAACGCAAUGAUUGGAAAGAAGCUUAUGAGCAACACCUGGACCAGUGCCGCACUUACGGCCCUUGGAUUCAACACAAUGCGCAGGCCGCUUUGAUGACUCGCGACAGCGAGGGCAAGUUUGGUUUCUGGUGGGGACGCGGAUAUCGCCAGCUUGAGGCAGAUGGGCUCGUUGAUAGCAGCGCGAUACCAGAGGGGGCUGUUGAUUACCGCAAUCCUGAGAAAGACUCAGGUCCUCUGGAAGCAAGCUUCAGAACCACAGAUUACAAUGAUCGUGGCCGCGGUCGUACAGUGGAGACCCAGUCCGGUGGCAUCGCUGUGCUGAGAGCUUUGUACCAAUGGCAAACCUAUGAUACCCUACCAUGA